ACCCAACUAGGGAAGAUUAAUUUAAUCUUGGGCUGGACCUGGCUAUUUAAACACAAUCCUGAGAUUGACUGGCAGACAGGGGUUGUCACAUUGUCACAUUGUCCUCAGGAGUGUGAUGACUUGGGUCAACAGAGUCACGUCCGUCAAACAGAGCAGGAUGAAAGGAUAAAAUGCUGGUGA